AUGCCCGACGCAUCCCGCGCUCCUGGCGAACACGUGUCCGGCAAUCUCGAAGACCUGCCAUCCGAUGGUCGAGUUGCCGCUGCGAAAGCUUUCGCUCAAUACGAGAAGACAUCGGACCUUCAGUAUCUUGACAUUGCCGUCGCAUCACUUCAACGCUCUGCCGAUGAGUCGUCAGAACCUGAUGCACACCUCUACACCGAACUAGGACAAUACUAUGGAACGCGGUACCAUGCGCGGAAGAGGCUCGAUGAUCUCGACCGAGCUAUCGCGGCGGUGCGAAAAGCCAUCCAGUUUGAUCUAGGUGGCCCUGCAAACGAGGCUACGAGCAUGGCCAAUCUUGGGUAUGCUUUGCGGCUACGUUCUGAGCGCCUCGGUGCUCCCGAGGACCUCGAAGAUGCCAUCACGCUGCAUCAGCGCGCCAUUGAUCUCGUACCCGACAAUCCGCCAUACCUACACGCAUGGCUACACAACCUUGGACUUUUGCAUCGCCUUCGUUAUGUGCGCUAUCACGACCCCAAAGACCUCGAGCACGGUAUUACCGUCCAACAGCGUGCGAUCAAUCUUACACCGGCUGGCCACUCGGUCGAUGAAUCGAAGGGGCUGACUCUUCUGAGCUUGUUACACAGUCUUCGCUUUCAACGUUUCAACGAUCUCGAGGACAUCGACCACGCUAUCGAGGGACUAACCCGCGCGCUCGAGCUUACCCCUCCUGGCAACCCUAGUGAACCAACCCGGCUGAGUAAUCUCGGAUCGUGCUUCAGACAUCGCUUCGAGCGUCUAGGGAAUCGUAGCGAUCUUGAGCGUAGCAUCGCAAUGCAUUUGCGCGCGGUUCAGAUCACUUCUGAAAGUGAUCCUGACAUGCCUUCCCGCCUGGACCAUCUCGGGUCUGUAUACCAUCUCCGCUUCAUGACAUUCGGUGAGCUUGCCGACCUCGAGCUUUCGAUCGUCAAGCGACAACGGGUAGUCGAGCUCACCCCACGCGGACAUCCUGAGGAAGCAAGCCGUAUACAAAACCUCGCAGGAUGCCUUAGGACGCGCUUUUUGCGUCUAAACGAGAUCAAUCAACUCGAGCGCGCGAUUGCGCUGCAUCAUCGUGUGGUCGAGUUGACACCGGAAGGCCAUCCUGACAUGCCUGGGAGGCUGGCAAGCCUGGGCGCAUCGCAAUCCCUUCGUUUUCAACACUCCGGGGACGUCAACGACAUCAUGCAUGCCCUGGACAGCCAACAACGCGCAGUUGAACUGAGUUUGCAUGAUGACCCUCAGCGGCCAUCACAUAUCAAGAACCUCGCAGCCUCUCUACACAUGCGCUUCUUGAGGUUGGGUGAUCUCGAUGACCUCAAUCGUGCCAUCACAUUGCAACAGCAGGCUAUCGAGCUUACGCCUCAAGACCAUCCCAGUCUACUAUCAUCGUUGAACAAUCUCGGAGUCUUCUUCGACGUCCGCUUUCAGCGUUCGAACGACCUGGAGGACCUCGAGCGCGGGGUGACAUUACUCCGCCGGGUGGUCCAGCUAUCAUCUCCAGAGCAUCCGCACGACGUCACCGUGGGAGGGCUGGGGAACCUCGGCCACAUCCUCACAUCGUACCUACGGGUGAAGGGAACUCGUGAAAGCUCCGAAGAAGCUUCAUCAUGCUACAUGGCCGUGGCUGCACAGGGUCUUAUGGCGCCCUUUGUGCGACAGCAAGCCGCACAACGGGCUAUAGAGCUACAUACCGAGUUCCCUCAGUUCAGCUCGCCCGACCAUCUGCUAGCCGCUCAUUCGCGCAUUCUCAACAUCGUCCCCGAGCUUGUUUGGCUGGGAUACAGCAUGUCGCGUCGAUUUGAGGAGUCGCAGAAGAUCGGUGACCUCGUCAGCGCUGCCGUGCUAGCGGCGAUUGAUGCCAGUGAUCUAUCGCUGGCCAUAGAGUGGCUCGAGGCCGGAAGGUCCUCUGUCUGGUCGCAGAUACACUCUUUACGUGGCACACUCGACGAACUGGAGCAGAAACAUCCAGCCCUUGCGCGGUCCCUCAAGGACGUGCAGAUCCGCAUUCAGAACUCGGAGAAGGACUUGCUGCGCCAGGAAGCGCCUGCCAUCGCAGAUGGUUCUACCCUCCUCUCACCAGAUCCCCAUACAGGGACAGACCGUCAUCGUGGUCUGGCUAUCGAACACGGGACUCUUCUCGCAGACAUUCGUCGUCAGGCUGGAUUCGAGAACUUCAUGCGGCCGAAGACGCUCUCGGCUCUCUUGCCAUCUUCGGCGCUUGCAGAUCAUGGCUUCGUCGUCUUUGUCAAUAUGAACAAGAUGCGCUGCAAUGCUUUGAUCCUGGGACCGAAAGGAGACGUUACAUCUAUACCCUUACCGGACCUGUCCAUGACCAAGGCAGAGAUACUGCGGUCCAAGUGGCAGCUGUGUCUUCGGCAGCUAGACGUCCGCGAGCACAGGAUGGCAGUGCAGCAGCUGCCGCGCUCGCGCGAGGAUCCUUCCACAUACAUCUUGGGCUGUCUUUGGAAAUGGAUAGUGCUACCUGUACUGCAAGCACUAGAUCUCUUCGAUGCUAAAGCGCACCGCGAUCUCCACCCUCAUAUUACAUGGUGUCCUACUGGGCCACUCACGCAGUUGCCAUUGCACGCAGCAGGGAUCUAUGGAGAGGAAUCAGGACCACGUGUGUACGACUUCGUGAUCUCGUCAUACACCCCAUCCCUCUCCGCCCUUGCACGCAGUCUCGACGGAUCGAAGGAGCGGCAUCCUAAUCCGAGUGCGCUCAUCGUGACCCAAUCGGCUGCGCCCAGCUUGCCGCUGCUACCAGGAGCGACCGAGGAAGGACAGCGGCUGUGCGACAUCUUCUCAGACGCCAAGGCCCCAUUCUCGAUCUUGAAUGAUGAGCAGGCGACAACGGGUGCCGCGAAAUGUGUGCUGAGCGAGCACCCAUGGCUGCACCUCGCAUGCCAUGGCUCGCAGAACGCAGACGACCCGUUGAAGAGCGCCUUCGUGCUCCAUGAUGGUCCGCUUUCUCUGGCCGAUCUGAUGGCGACCACGGCGGAUAACGCAGAACUGGCGUUCCUCUCCGCAUGCCAGACCGCUGUCGGCGACGUGAAGAUCCCGGAGGAGUCGAUGCACCUCGCAGCGGGUAUGCUGGCCGUCGGGUACAAGGGCGUCAUCGCGACAAUGUGGUCGAUUCGCGACCAAGAUGCGCCUCUGGUUGUCGAGGCAUACUACAAGAAGCUUCUCGGGCUUCGUGCAUCCGGUAAGCUUGGGAAAUCCGGUACAGGCGCGGCGUACGCUCUCCACGAGGCGGUGAGGGGGUUGAGGGAAGAGGUGGGGGAGAAGAAUGUCGUGCGGUGGGCGCCGUUUGUGCAUUUUGGCAUCUGA